GCGUCACGUGGCCCGAACAGAACUAAUCGAAAAGCAGAAAAAAAAAGGGCGUCUGGUGCGCGAGCUGCGGCGCGGGAUGGGACGAUGGCUCGAGAUGCGAAAAGUUGCUAGCAAGUUUCUUAAGUAGUUGAAGAGCGGCCAGAGCGUUUUUUUUACACGAAACCCGCGAGAUAUUUUGUAUUUGGACGUUACGACGAGGCUGCAGAAUGGUGAAGUACACGCAAUUCGCGAACGAAAGCAUGGAGCAAAUAGGUGCGACGAGCAGCAAUGGCACGACCGGCCAAGAGCCGUCGGAGGUGGUCGUGAUUGAGAAAAACCACCAGCUGAACAGCAGCGCUUUUGAUCAGCCCAGCGAGCAAAUCACAAGGCAUGUCAUGCUAAAGAGAUUUGUGGAGCACCUGGGAUUCAGACUCUUCAGUUUUUCUUUAAUUAUUAUUGACAUUAGUGUAUUAAUAGCUGACCUGUGUCAACCAAACAAGCCAGCACAUGUUGAGAAAGCAUAUGAUAUUGUGGCGCUAUGCUUCGUUUCCUUCUUCGUCCUCGAGAUCUUCUUUCGAAUGUAUGCACAAGGUACUGGAGAGUUCCUGAAGCACUGGUACAAUGCUGUGGACUUCAUUGUCGUCAUGUUGUCAUUCGUUGCCACUGUUGCAUAUGUGUCCGUCGAAAUAUCCGGAUACUACAAACUUCUGGUGAUCGGUCGAGUAGUUCGAAUAGUUGUCCUCCUGCGAAUCUACACCGAGAAGAAAAAUUUGACCAAAGGAGCCAGACUCAUGGUGUCCGAGAAUAAGCGACGGUACAGGCAAGAUGGCUUCGAUCUUGACCUUGUUUAUGUGACUGAUAGGAUCAUUGCAAUGUCAUAUCCAUCAUCUGGAAAGAUGUCGUGGUAUCGAAACCCAAUUCAAGAAGUGGAGCGAUUUUUCAACACAAAGCAUCCAAACCACUAUCGCAUCUACAAUAUGUGCAGUGAACGAACCUAUGACAACAGCCACUUCAAUGGUUGCAUUGAACGCUAUCUAAUUGAUGAUCACAAUGUACCUUUGCUUAGGGACGCAACAGAGUUUGUGGCAAGGGCUCAAGCAUUCUUGAAUGAGGAUCCUGAAAAUGUAGUGGCUGUCCAUUGUAAAGGUGGCAAAGGAAGGACAGGAACAAUGAUUUGUAUGCUGCUCAUGCACAACGGCCUUUUUGAGUCUGCACAGGCAAGCCUGGAAUACUUUGGAAAUGUCCGAACAGACAAGACUGUCGGGACAAAGUUCCAGGGUGUUGAAACCCCUAGUCAGAGCCGGUAUGUAGAAUACUUUCAAGAGGUGAAGGAAAAGCAUGAUGGUGUGGUGCCCGAUGAGGUUCUAUUAAAAGUGAAAGAAGUCAGAAUAUACAAGCUAUCAGGGGUUGGACAAGGCAACGGAACAGACCUUUCAUGCGAAGUCUUCGAAGCGAAGUCUAAGGUGCACGAGAUGGACUUUGGGCGUCAAAUGAACUGUCAUGUGCACUAUCGCUCUGAAGCCGAUGUUCUUGAAGUGAGUACCUUUAACUUCCCUGCUGUCAAAGGGGACGUGAAGUUCAAGUUUUCCUGCCGAAGCCCAUCUGUGCCUCGAGGUUAUGAGGACUGUCCAUUUUACUUCUGGUUCCACACCAGCUUCAUCAAAGACAACAAGCUGUUCUUGCCAAGAGACGUCCUCGACAACCCUCACAAGCCGAAGACGUGGAAGGUGUACGAUGCAGACUUUGCCAUUGAACUAAUCUUCACCAAUCCGUCCUGAGCCGAGGAUGCAGCAUGGCAGCUUGGUGCCUCCUAACUCUUUCACUGUGAUGUGCAAUCCUGGCGAAUCUACUCAACUCAGCCUCACUCAACGUUGGCACUGUAGCAAACAACAAGCAACGGUCACAAAUGACGCGUAUAUUUAUGGGAACUCUAGCUUCAGAGAUCCAUGUACAUACCGUUUGUACUACAGAUUAUCUUUAUUAAUGUAUAUUUAUGCAUGUGGAGUAUGUUACGAAUAAAAUGGGAGCAGUGCUCUACACUAUGUAUUUUCAAAA